AUGGACCGUGAGAACUACGCGGUCCCCCAAAGCGAGUUCUUCGAGAUGAUUCGUCAGACCAACUUUAGGAGUUCCGAUUCGCGUGGCAAGUGGCUGGCAACGAUGGAGAUGGGCAACCUGCCCUUUGUCUCCUCGGCGAGAGUAGACUCGGCGGUCGCCUUCUACUUGACACCGAGCCUCGGUGCGGACGACUACGAUGAGUCCACCAUAGAUCGCAGCCUAUUGGGUAUCAAUAGCAAUGUUGCUAUCAAGUUUGUUCCUCCCGAGGCUGGUAAUAGCAGCCCCAAAAAACGACGCCGCCAGGAACGGAGCUCUGGGGAGGAUUCGGUUCGCUCGACCGACUCAGGUGAUAUCGAUGCCGGGAAUGGCUUUAUCUUUGCGCAGCUGGGGCCCCUCUACGCCUUCACUGGACCACGCAGCUGGGAGGAAGUACGAUCUAGCGACACGGACGAGAUCAUCGAGGAGGGAGAAUGGAGCGCUAUUGGCUUCGGCGUUGUGGUGGAACUCGAUAAGCACGGUCGUCCGGGUCCCGUCUGGGUCAUCUACAACUUCUACGAAGACGACGAUGUAGAUUUUUCGACAAGGCGUAUUCACGUCCCCGUCCUCGACCCCGUAACAAUGCAAUAUCUCCCGCAUAUUGGUCGUCUUGUGGAAGGAUGUACUACGUCUUUCACAGUGGCCAAGAUUGCUGAGAGCUUGGGAGAGUUGGGUGUAGGGAAGGCCUUCACAUUUAACAUUAAGGAGGGUAAGGAGUGUCAGAUUGUACGGGUAAAGGGAUUGUCCGCUGGUCAGGGCACAUUCCUGGUGCGCCAGUUCGUUAAGGACUGA